UAACGUGAACUCGGUUGAGCUGAGUUCCGACUUCCGAGUUCGACACUGCCUCUCCUCCAUCUCCUCGAUAACGAGGCUGGCUGACAAAUUUGCAGUGGACGGAGAAAUCCUGCGGUUUUAGAUGGGAUACGUGCAGGAGGCGCGUGAAAAUCAUGUGAAGAAGAAGGUCGAAGAAGCUUUGCGCAGUAAAAUGAAGCAGAAGGCACUAAAAGAGUGUGACGAGUACACCUCAAAGUAUGCACAAUGUGCCUCCGGAAGAACAAUUUCAGUCAUUUGGCAGUGUCGCAAACAGGCUAAAGAACUGAAUGACUGCCUUCACCACUACACCAAUGAUGCGGUACUGGAGCAAAUGAAGAAAGAAUACGUGGAAGAGAAGACUCCUGCGAAAAUUUAACUCAAGACAGCAGAUUUCUGACUGCUCGGGGAAGCAUUCUCCUACUCAGAUGGAGGCGACAGAGGAAAUUUCUUUCCAAUUGGACCCUGGUUUCUACUCGUUUGUGUGAGGAAAAAAUCCAGAGGCUUACUUCGAACUCCGGUCUAUCCGCAACUCAAAAGCUUAAGUCAAUAAAUUGCUAGACCAUUGUUCUUAUAAACUUAUAGAUUUUCUCUCAACUUUUCCAUGUGAGAUUACCUCAAACAUCCGCCUGUAUCAUUCUCCAUAUAGGAGAGAAACUGCCCAACAAUUCUCUCCAUUCUCGACUAUGUGGAGGACUUCGAGUCGGGCUUCUACUUCCGGACUUGAAUACCAAUUGUUAGGCACUUCAUUAGUCACGAGUUCCACACUCGAACCUUGGUGUGGUGUGGGUUUCCAUG